AGUUACAUCUUACAAUGGGAAUCAGCAGGAUUUACAUUAGCAUAGGCUAUGCUACCUUUGGUGCCCUGGUGGGACUUUCGGCUUUCCUGGUCUGGAAUAUUGCCUAUAAACAGCCAUGGACGGCGGCCAUGGGAGGCCUGUCAGGAGUUUUAGCGCUCUGGGCUCUCGUCACACACAUCAUGUAUGUGCAGGACUACUGGCGCACCUGGCUCAAAGGGCUCAGGUUCUUCAUUGGUGUUGGCGUGCUCUUCUCAGUUUUGGCAGUGGCUGCUUUCAUCACCUUCCUCACUCUGGCCAUCACACAGAAGCAAUCUCCUACUGACCCAAGGAGCCUCUACCUCUCUUGUGUGUGGAGCUUCCUGACUCUCAAAUGGUCCUUCCUCUUGGCCUUGUACUCAUACAGAUACCGCCAGGAGUUUGCAGAUAUCAGCAUCCUCAGCGACUUCUAGUCAGUGCUGAUUUUAUAGACUGUGAUGGACUUUGAGGGCUUUUAGGCUGCCAGCAGGAGCUGGUCAAGGAGCUUUUGUGACACAGAGGAAGAAAACCAGACAUGGCUAGAUUUAAAAGUCAUCUGACUUUUAACACAUGGAGCUGCACUUGUUGCCCUUGCUUAACAAGUUCUUUGUAUUGUAACCUGUUCUCCUACUUUUAAUGACCUACUUAUUAUAUUCCUGUUGUAGUCAUAAGUCUAAACCUCUGAAGACUGGAACUGCUUUUGAGUAAACUGCUGGAGGCUAUGAAUGAAGAGACAUCGAGGGAUUUUCACAGAUUUGAUCUCGGAAUUGUUUAAUCCAAGAAAAAACAACAAAAACAAAAAACUAAUAUGUUAACGGAAAUCCCUGGCAUAACAGAUUUUAAUCCAACGAUUAGUUGUUAAAACGAAAAUGAAAAUACUCUCAAACCAAAACCAAAACCACCUACCUAAAACCACUCUAGGUUGACAGUGUAUGUUGGAGUGCUUGAUUGUUUUUACCCAAAUGAGCGUGAAAUGAAUAGCUGCAGCCCUGAACCACAGAAUAUUCAUUUCUGUCACUGUUGUAGUCUGAAAAGUUAGUCUUUUAGCUCCAUUCAUCAUUAGUGAAGCAAUUUUAGGAAGAUUUUUUUUUUUAUUCAACCACUGAUUUGAAUAGUUGCACUCUCAUCCACAGCUUUUUACAGAUACUAGUUAAUGUACGAUCCCAAGGAGGAAAGUGUAUCUUAAUUCUCACUUGAUACUUAUUUAUUAGAACUGAAUGUUUGAGUUGUAUAUCACGCCCAAAGAAAAGGCAUUCCUGUGGAAUUUGUGCUUUCCAUCUUUUGUUCCACCAGGGGGAGACUUCCUUUUUCCAUCCAUAGUCUACACACAUUCCUCAUAAGAGAAAAAACAAAUAGAUUUGAUAAAUAAUUGCACUUUAGUCUUUGAUAUUGAUGCCAUUGUUUUGCACACAGAUCCUGAUACAGUGGGGGAAAAGAAAAUCAUGUGUUACAUGUUGUCAUUCAUGUCUAACCCUUUUCAAUGUUGAAAUACACUAUUUAUAUGUAUCAUUUAUUUUACAGUUAGUAUGAUUUGUGUAAGUCAAGUUAAAGUAGGCUUUGUAAGGUUUUGCUCCAGCUGUAGCUUAUGUCUGCCUUCUACCAUAAAACAUGGAAAAUUGUAUUUUUGUUGAUGAGAGAAUGAAUGUAAGAAUGAUACGUGUGUGUAUAUAAAAACUGAACCCAUUAAAGAUACAUUUAUUGUUAAUUACA